AGGGGCCCGCCGCGCGCCCCGCGGGCCGCCCCCCCCCCCGCGCUCCUCCGGCCUCGGCGGGGGGGCGGCCGGCGGGCGCGGGGGGGCCAUGGGCCGCUUGGGCCCGGCGGACUGGAGGAAUGGCGGCCCCCGCGCGCGCCGAGGACGUGCUGCCCUCCUGGACGCUGCCCUUAGGGGGGCAGGUGCGGGGGAUGGCCCCCGACGCAGUGGAGAGCUUGCGGGGUGACUUGGCGGAGCUGGGCAGGGAGGCGGGGAUCAGCGCGGAGUUGACCCAGGGCGGCGUCGAGGGCGAGGACGCCGUGGCGCUGCGAGGUGCCUUGGGCGCGCUGGCGGGUGCGCAGGACCUGCUCGGCCAGGUGCUGGAGUUCUACGGCCUCCGCGGUGCCUGCGUCGGGCGCACCUGCGUACAACUCGACCUCUGCGGCCUGGCCAGGCACCACCGCCAGUGCUGCGAGGAGGAGGAACGCAUCUUCGCGGUAACCAUCAGCGACGGCGUGCUGGCGGCCAUGUCGGCCAGCGAGCGGCAGGCGUUCGAGAGCGACCUCCGCCAGCUGGAGUACGAGACGGACGCGUGCGUGGAGGUCCUGAGCAACCCGGACGGGGAGCUGGACUGCGCGAUAUUCCGCGGGGCCGGGGCAGACGUGGAUUUCCAGGCCGCGUCGGGACUCCUACGUGAGCUCCUGCUGUUCCACUGCUGCUCCAUGACAUCGCGUGGGACUGCGGCAUGGAUGCCUGCCCGUGCGACCACUGUCCCAGCGCCUGAAGCUCGACGCCGCGGCCGCGGGCCGCAUCGUCCCACGUCCACGUGCAGCGCCCCGACGCCCCGCGGAGGGCGCCGCGCCGGCCCUGCGCCACCGCGGCGCGGGAGGCCCGCCCGCCUCGGCUGCACGCAGGGAGGGGCCCCUCGUCGGAGGUUCGCAUCUGGCCCCCUAUCUGCAGGGCUCGUUCCGACUCCUCCGAUUCGAUCCGAUCCGACUUCCGGGGGCCUGGCCUAUGCCCUGCCUGC